AUGGACGUCAAGGAAGAUAGAGACUCGUCAAGAGAUGAGAGAGGAGGAGGAGACAGAAGAGAUUUCAACUCUUCAUCAUCUACUUCUCAACAACAACCACCUCAAGAUAGAGACAACAAUAACAGAGAAAAUAAUAGAGACAAUAACAGAAGUGGAGGUGAUAGAGACAAUAAUAGAGGUGGUGAUAGCAAUAAUAGAGACAAUAAUAGAAGUGGAGGUGAUAGAGACAAUAAUAGAGACACCAGAGACAAUAAUAGAAGUGGAGGUGAUAGAGACAAUAGAGAUAGAAGAGAUAAAGAUGUAAAGGAUGCUCCAAGAACAGGUGACAGAGACAAUAGAGAUAAUAGAGACAACAGAGACAACAGAGAUAAUAGAGACAAUAGAGACAGAGAUAGAAGUGAUAGAGGAAGUGACAGAGACAGAGGUAGAAGUGAUAGAGGAGGAGGAGGUGAUAGAGACAGAAGUGAUAGAAGUGAUAGAAGUGAUAGAGGGGGCGAUAGAGAUAGAGAUGAUCGUUAUAAUGAAAAUGAAGAACACACAUUAUUUAUUGGUAAUCUACCACUUGAUAUUGGUGUUGCUGAAGUCGUCAAUCUAUGUUCACCAUAUUGUGGAAGAAGUUCUGUUGAUAAAAUAGAUGUUAAAUCUGGAUAUGCAUUUGUAAUCAUUAAAAGUAAUUAUUCAACAUGUGAUCGAUUGAUUGCUGGUAUUCAUAGAACUAUCUAUAGAAACAAGUCUCUUACUGUACAGUACUCCAAGAGUGAAGGAAGAGGUGGUAGCACCAGAGAUAGAGAUGGUAGAGGUGACAGAGAUAGAGGUGGCAGAGAUAGAGACAGAGACAGAGACAGAGGUGGUAGAGAUAGAGACAGAGACAGAGAUAGAGGAGGUGAUAGAGACAGAUCUACCGCUUCUACAACCUCGACCAAACAAAAUGGUGCCAUGAAACCAAGUACAUCUCUCUUCCUCGUCAACUUUGGUUCAAAGACUAAUCAAAGUUUAAUUGAAACUUGGUGUAAACCAUUUGGCAGAAUUAAUAGAAUUGAUAUGAGAAAGAACUUUUGUUUUGUAGAAUUUGAUAAUAUUGAGCAAUCAACUAAAGCUAUGGAAGCUUUGCAUGGAAAAGAUGUAGCCUCUGAUGGCAAUAAAUUAACCGUAGAAUUUGCCAUAAGAAGUGACCGUAAAAGAGAUAGAAGUAGAUCAAGAGAUAGACGUAGAAGAAGAGAUAGAGAUAGAGGUGAUAGAAAGAAGGACUCUUCUUCCUCUGACAAGGAUGGUGGUGAUACCAAAAUGGACAAGGAAGAUGGCAAUGACGAUAGAGUAGGUAGAGGAAGAGCAAGAUCACCAUCUCCAUCCUCCAAACCAAAGAGAUCCCACUCUGACUCUAGAGAAGGAUCUGCAUCUCCACCAAACAACUCUAGAUCCAAUUCACCAAGACGUCGUGGUGGAAACACCAACAGUGACACUGAAGACGAAGAUGAUGGAGGUCAAUCAAGAGACAGAAAGAGAUUCAAGGAUGACGAAGAAACUAUUGAAAAUAAUAGAGAUAAUUAUCCUGAACGUCAACAAUCACCACUUUCAGUCGAUUAA